CUCUGGGCCAGCGCCAUUCACACUUUCCCCCUGUUCUGUGGCAGACGGACUGUGUGCCUCUAAUCCUUGUAUUCUUUCUCUCCUACCUCCCUAAAACAUUUCUCUGAGGGAGGAAUAGCUUAUAGCUUUGGGGAUAAUAUAGCUUUAAGGAAACUUUUGGCAGAUGCGGAUGUCCUAACAUCUGGGCAGUGUUAACAGAAUCCCGGAGGCCCCGACAGACCAAGAGCCACUCGUUCUAGGAAUGUUAAAAUAGAAGUUUUUCCGACUGAUGAGAGGAGCAGAGAGGAAGGAGAAAAAGAAGGAGAAAGAAAGAGAGCACAAAAAAAUAUAAAACAGAUCCUGCAUUUCUGCUUCUUCUCACUUUUGGAAGUUCACUGAUGGCUGAUUUCUGAAAGAUAUUUUCCUUUUCCCUGGUACUUCUGGCCACAUAUCUCUAUUCUUAUCUCCCUAACCUCCCCUCAUCCCGACUCCUUUCAAGGAUGGCCGGUCAACUAACCCAAAGAGGAGUUCUAUCUCUCCUACUCUUCCUCACUCCAGCAGUGACACCAACAUGGUAUGCAGGUUCAGGCUACUAUCCAGAUGAAAGCUACAAUGAAGUAUAUGCUGAAGAAGUCCCACGGGCCCCUGCCCUAGACUACCGAGUCCCCCGAUGGUGUUAUACAUUAAAUAUCCAGGAUGGAGAAGCCACAUGCUACUCUCCGAGGGGAGGAAACUAUCACAGCAGUCUGGGUACUCGUUGUGAGCUCUCCUGUGACCGGGGCUUCCGACUGAUCGGACGAAGGUCGGUGCAAUGCCUGCCAAGCCGCCGUUGGUCUGGGACUGCCUACUGCAGGCAGAUGAGAUGCCACGCGCUGCCAUUCAUUACUAGUGGCACUUACACCUGCACAAACGGGGUGCUUCUUGACUCCCGCUGUGACUAUAGCUGUUCCAGUGGCUACCACUUAGAAGGUGACCGCAGCCGAAUCUGCAUGGAAGAUGGGCGAUGGAGUGGAGGCGAGCCUGUAUGUGUAGACAUAGAUCCCCCCAAGAUCCGUUGUCCCAACUCACGUGAGAAGAUGGCAGAGCCGGAGAAACUGACUGCUCGAGUAUAUUGGGACCCACCCCUGGUGAAAGAUUCUGCUGAUGGUACUAUCACCAGGGUGACACUUCGGGGCCCUGAGCCUGGCUCUCGCUUUCCUGAAGGAGAGCAUGUGAUUCGUUACACUGCCUACGAUCGAGCCUAUAACCGAGCCAGCUGCAAGUUCAUUGUGAAAGUACAAGUGAGACGCUGCCCAACUCUAAAACCACCACAGCAUGGCUACCUAACCUGCACCUCGGCGGGGGACAACUAUGGUGCCACCUGUGAAUACCACUGCGAUGGAGGUUAUGAGCGCCAAGGAACCCCCUCCCGGGUCUGCCAGUCCAGCCGCCAGUGGUCAGGAUCACCACCCAUCUGUGCCCCUAUGAAGAUUAAUGUCAAUGUCAACUCCGCCGCUGGCCUUCUGGAUCAGUUCUAUGAGAAACAGCGACUCCUCAUCAUCUCAGCUCCCGAUCCCUCCAACCAAUACUAUAAAAUGCAGAUCUCUAUGCUGCAGCAAUCCACCUGUGGACUGGACCUGCGCCACGUGACCCUCAUUGAACUGGUGGGGCAGCCACCUCAGGAGGUGGGGCGCAUCCGGGAGCAACAGCUGUCAGCUAACAUCAUCGAAGAGCUCAGGCAAUUUCAGCGCCUCACUCCCUCCUACUUCAACAUGGUGUUGAUUGAUAAGCAGGGAAUUGACCGGGAACGCUACAUGGAACCUGUCACCCCCGAGGAAAUCUUCACAUUCAUUGACGACUACCUACUGAGCAACCAGGAGCUGAUCCAGCGCCGGGAGCAAAGGGACAUGUGCGAGUGAACUUGAAUCAGGGCAUGGAUGGAAGUCAAGGGAAGAGCUCCCCUAACCAGCUGAAACUGGGGCCCGAUAAAAGGAGGAAAUAGUUCCCCAUGGUUCUGGAGACAGGACUCUGAGGUGGGUGAGAUUCACCAGUCCUGGGACAUCCCCAGGCCCCUUUGUAGGGCUGUGUAAUAGUUUCCCUAAGCAAGUCUCUGCUUUUAGUAGCACUCGAGGAGCAUAAGGAGCUAGGCAGAGACUGAGGACAGGUCCCGGACAACGGGCUAAGGGUGAAAGUCUUCUUUUCGCAACCUGGGCCUCUGUGCAGCUCUCCAAAGUCUUCCAGAUAAGUAAAUUCUCGAUUCAUUCACCAACCGGCUGUGUUUCAAAUGGUUCCUCUACCCUGAGGUGACAGCAGAGGGCAGCACCAUCACAACAGACAACCAGGACAGGUAGGUAAACAAGUGUAGCAGGAUUUUCCCCUGCAGCUGAACUGCGUCAUUGGAGACGGUGGGAGGUUCAAGACCUUCUUGAGCUUGUCAUUUGCCCUUUUAGGGGAUUGGGUUACAAAUGUUACGCUAACCAUUGCUUCAUCUGAGAGUAAGGGAAAUGCGGCCAUGGGAAGCAGCUUAGGAAGACGAAUCAGGCCAGAGCAGAAGGUUUUGUCCUGGCCCCUCCUGCUGGCUCAUGGGCAACCACCUCUUCCUACUGUACCUCCAGUUCCAUAGCAAAAGGCAGCCAGGGCUGUCCCUUCCUCAGGGAAGCCCCCAGCUCGUGAUCUAGGGAACCUCGAACCCACCACCCCAA